GAUCUGUGAUUGAAAAGUGAUUGAAAACCUGUCAAACGGCUGUUGCUGUCUGUUACUCAUAAAAUUUCUUGGAAUUUUUCAAAAAGUUAACAGAAUUUGGAAUUUAACAAAAAUACAGUAUGGUGGACUACAGUAAAUGGAAAAAUAUUGAGGUAUCUGAUGAUGAGGAUGAGACACAUCCAAACAUCGAUACGCCUUCGCUGUUCCGUUGGCGACAUCAGGCUCGCGUCGAACGAAUGGAAGAAAGGAAAAUAGAAAAAGAAAAACUCGACAGAAAGAAAUCAGACACUCAAAAAAAGAUCGACGAAGUUGCAACCAAGAUCAAGCAAGCCAAGGAAUCAAACAAACCUCUAGAAGACCUCGAGAAACAACUCAAAAACUUGGAAGUUGAAUCUACAAACAUCAAAAAAGAAAUCGAUGAGCUUGAAAAGAAGGAAAAGCUAGCACCAUGGAAUGUGGAUACAAUUAGUAAACCUGGAUUCGCAAAGACUGUUAUUAAUAAGAAACCUCAGCAUCCUCCAGAAGAGAAUUUGAGUGAAGAAGAACGGGAAAAAAGGUUGAAAGAAUUCAUAACAGAGAAUAAGAAGGAUUUGAAACAUUUUGGAAUGCUCAGGAAGUAUGAUGAUUCCAGGCAUUUUUUAAAAUCCCAUAAUCAUUUAGUGUGUGAAAACACAGCAAAUUAUUUGGUAAUAUGGUGCAUUAAUUUAGAAAUUGAAGAAAAACAUGAACUAAUGUCACAUGUCGCUCAUCAAACUAUUUGUAUGCAAUACAUAUUGGAAUUAGCCAAACAACUGGAUUGUGAUCCUAGGGCAUGUGUUGAUGCUUUCUUCAGUAAAAUUCAAGUCGCUGAAUAUGAAUAUAAAAAGUCAUUCGAGGAUGAGCUGACUCAGUUCAAAGAGAGGAUUCGUAAAAGGGCAGCUGAAAAAGUUGAAGCUGCAAUGAAGGAAUAUGAAGAAGAAGAAAGACAAAAACGGCUUGGUCCUGGCGGUUUAGAUCCAGAAGAAGUGUACAAUUCCCUUCCUGAAAGUCUAAGAGAGUGUUUUGAUACAAGGAAUGUGGAGUUGCUUCAAGAGACUAUAAGCAAAAUGGACGAGGAAGAUGCUAAAUAUCAUAUGAAAAGAUGUGUGGAUUCAGGACUUUGGGUACCAGAAGCGAACAAAAAAGAAUCAGGCGAUGCCUCAGAUGAUACAGAAUCAAAAGAGGAAAAAUAGUUUGCGAAUAUAUCAUAACCUGUAUUUUUUUAAUUUAUGUAAUGCUUGGCUAGUAAAACGAGAUUUCAAGUGUUCUAUAUUAUAUUCUAUACUUUUUAAAUAAAACUUAAUAGAUACUAUUA